UUAGAGAUAGGGUUAUAGAUAUAGAGAGAGAGAGAGUAAACUUGGAAGGAAUCCACCAAAACCAAAAAACAGGGGCUCUUCACUCACUGCUACUUUGUAAUCGUAAACGAUAUAGAUACAUUUGUGUAUAUAUAAAGAACCUUACGACGUCGCAUCGCAGUCAGGAGAAGCAAAAUGGAGAGGAAGACGCCGGUGAGGAAACCACACAGUGCGACCUCAGAUCUGUUGAGCUGGCCGGAAACUCCUGUUGCUGAUUCGGUGGAGGCACCCUCAGCUGCUGCUCGUUCUCACCAGCCUUCCGAUGGGAUCAGUAAGGUCGUCUUUGGGGGCCAGGUCUCUGAUGAAGAAUUCCAAACCCUCAACAAAAGGAAACCUGUUUCGGGGUAUAAGUUAAAGGAGAUCACUGGCAGUGGCAUAUUUGCAGCUGGUGGAGAGAAUGACGAAGAAGAAGCGGAUGCUGCAAACCCUACCUCAACUAAUAAAACUGGAUUACGAAUGUAUCAGCAAACGGUUGCGGGGAUGAGUCACAUUUCAUUUGGUGGAGAAGAAUCAGUGUCUCCUAAAAAGGCACUUUCUGAGGCUAAGCAGCGGGAGUUAAGUGGUACAUUAGAUAACGAGUUAGAUUCAACGUUGAAAAAACAGUUUUCAACUGCAAAGAACAAGGAACUCAGUGGACAUAACAUAUUUGGAGCACCUCCUGAAAUUCAACCUCGCCCGUUGGCUGCCCGCGCAUUGGCGUUGAGAGAAAGCAUAACCAUCGGUGAAUCUACUCCAAACAAUACAAAUGCUGCAGAACAGGUGAAGACGGCAAAAAAGAUCCCGAGCCAGAAAUUCACAGAGCUUUCUGGAAACAAUAUUUUCAAAGGUGACGAGGUGCCAGCAUCGGCAGAAAAACAUAUGAGCUCAGCAAAGCUUCGAGAAAUGAGUGGAAGUAACAUCUUUGCUGACGGGAAAGCGGAAUCUAGAGACUUUCUAGGGGCUCGCAAGCCGCCAGGUGGAGAGAGUAGCAUUGCUUUGGUUUAGGUUCUAACACAUUUGUUUUCAGUAUCAUUGUUUCUUUUCAUGUCUUUGGUAGUUGGUACUUGGUGGUGCAAUUCAUAUGGAUUUGACUGUGGGUUUGUGGCUCUUUAUCAUCUGUUUUUCUUAGCGUAUAUGAUAGUUUAUGGACCCAGUAUGUGUUCUUUUGGCUGAUUAGUGCGAUUAUGUUCAUAAUUAUGCCUA